GCCAUGUCCCUCGAGUCUGUAAUGAAUUUGUUUUAAAGUCUUGAGAUCCACGUGAAUGAUUUGCUGGAGGAUAUUUGUAGUAACAAGUACUUGCGAUUAAAUCAUUAUCAAUUGCAAAUGGCAACCACAAUUGAUGAUGAGAAGCAAGUGACGUCUUCUCCAGCGAGAUCAAAAAGUGACGUUGUAGACGAUGCAUCACCAACUGUUUCAACGCACUUAGAUGAUAACUAUGCUCUGUACGAAAAUGCUAGGAAUAUCGAGGUCGAUCCUCAAGAAGCAAAGAGGGUGCUUAGGAAGAUUGAUAUACGGCUUAUGCCCAUUCUUUUCGUUACAUAUAUGUUGCAAUAUCUAGACAAGAAUUCCAUCAACUUCUCAAGUGUGUAUGGAUUGCAGAAAGGAACGCAUUUAGUUGGACAGCAGUAUCCCUGGCUAAGGUAAGACAUCAGCUGCAUGUUUUACUUUUCGUACCUUUUACAUUAUACUAAUUAUCGAAAUAGCUCAAUCUUCUACUUCGGCUAUCUAUUCUUUCAAUUUCCAUCAGGCUACUUUCUCCAGCGUCUACCUAUCGGGAAAUUUCUCUCCCUAACUACCAUCGCCUGGGGAGUAAUCCUCAUCACAACCCCAGCAUGCGUCUCCUUCGGCGGAAUAGCAACCAACCGCUUCCUCCUCGGCGCAGUCGAAGCCACCGUAAACCCCGGCUUCGUCCUCCUAAUGUCCAUGUGGUACACCUCCGCGGAACAACCCCUCCGCCUCGAAACCUACUACUGCACCAACGGCAUCGCAACCAUGUUCGGCGGACUCAUCGGCUACGCCAUCGGCCACAUUACCACCGGCCUCCCAAAAUGGAUGUACGUCUUCCUAAUCUUCGGAGCCCUCUCCAUCUUCUGGGGUAUCAUCUCCCUACUCAUCCUUCCCGAUCUCCCCUCAACCGCCAAAUUCCUCACACCCCACGAACGACUCAUCGCCAUUAACCGCGUAGCUUCCAAUCGUCAAGGAGUAAAAAACCACCACUUCCAGCCCUAUCAAGCCUGGCAAACUCUCCGAGAUCCCAAAACUUGGAUCCUGUUCGUCAUGGCUGUCGGUGCUCAGAUUCCCAAUUCCGCUCUCACUUCCUUCACAUCUAUCAUUGUCAAGACCUUCGGUUUCGACACUCUCGGUACUCAGUACCUGCAGAUUCCCGGCGGAGCAGUACAAUUCCUCGCGCUGAUAGCAGGAGGCUAUAUAUGUACUAAAUUCCCGCGCAAUUCCCGCUGCAUCACUAUGAUUGUUGCUAACACGAUAUGUAUUCUCGGAUCAGGACUAUUGGUUGGUCUUCCAAGUAGUAAUAAAUGGGGACGCUUAGUAGCUUUGUGGUUGUGUUAUUUUCAGGGCUUGGGAUUCAGUAUGAGUCUUACGAUGGUCAGUAGUAAUGUUGCCGGAUAUACGAAGAAACAGUUGACGGCGGCGGUGCUUUUUACGGGAUAUUGUGUUGGGAAUAUUAUUGGGCCGCAGACUUUUAUUGCGGCGGAAGCUCGUGAGUUUUUCUUGCUUUUGUGUCUUCUGACUGUUUCUGUUUCUUUUGUCGUUUCUGUUGCUAUUUAAUGAUCAAGGAACUAACACCAAGCAAGCGCGUUAUCAUUCCGCUUAUAUAGCAAUGCUCGUUGGUUACUCGGUCAAAUUGGCAAUGGUUGUCGUACUAUAUAUUUAUAUGUAUACGAGUAAUAAGAAAAGAGACGCAGAGCAGGCUGCUAGAGGAGAAAUGAGUGAAGAAGAAGCGAGAGAGGCGGUGGAAAAUGGAAUGAUGGAUAUGACGGAAAUAGAUAAUAAGGGGUUUAGAUACAUUUUGUAGGUAUG